AUGGCGUCAAAUGUAGAAAUGAAAGUCAUUAAAUUUUUAUUUGAAAAUGAAGAAUUUAGAUAUAAAUUCCCAUCAAAUGAUUCGACUACAUCAAUUAUUGCUGCUCUGCGACGACGAUUCAAUAUUAAAAAUGAUAUUGACUAUGAUUUGGUGGAUAUCGAAGAUAAUACAACUAUAUCGUUAUCGUGUUUGUUAUAUUUAAAAAAUGAUACAAGUAUUUUGGUGAAAUUAAAUAACUCAAAUCUAGAAACAAAUAUUUCUAAAAACGAUUCAAACUCUUCAUCUUCAUCACAAAUAGUUGGCACUCUUGAUUCUGAUUCUAAACGCAUGCCUUUAUCAUUUAGUGAUAAUAAUGUAAGAUUAUUAACUUCUGAUUUAUCAUCCAUCAGUGUUAGCAGUGACAGUGAUUACAAGACAAAUAUACAUUAUAAUUCUGCAGUUCCCAUUAGUGGUGCAACAAAGCAGUGUAAUGCUCGAACGGAAAAGAACAAGCGCGAAUUCAAAAUUCUAUGCAAUAAAAAAAUAAUUCGUUUUUUAGAAACACAUGCUAAUGUCACUCCAGUUGAUUGUCAUCGUGUUGUAAGACAAAUACUGAAAAUCUUAAACAUUCAAUUAUUGGAAUUAUAUAAUUUACUUAAAUUCGUGCGAAAUAAAAUGAACGUACAAUUGUUGAAUUUGAAUAAACAAAAUGUUGUUGAUGUUAUUGUUAACGUCUAUAAAAACAACUACGUCAAUGAUAAUAGUAAAGAUGAUAAUGAUAUAGCUCAUAAUUCUCAAAGACGAUUAUCAAUCAGCAGCUGA